AUGGCGCGGCCUGUCCCUGCGGUGUUCCGGCCCAUGUGGCGCCGGAACUUCUGCGUCUCGACCCCCAGACGAGCCAUUGACAAGCUAUGCGACUCGGCCUCCGAGGCCAUCAAGGACAUGAAGGGCUCCUCGACCCUGCUGGUCGGAGGUUUCGGCUUCUCCGGCGUGCCCAACACCCUCAUCGACGCCGUGCGCGACCGGCCCGAUAUCACCGAUCUGACCGUCGUCUCGAACAACGCCGGUAUGCCCGGCGCCGGUUUGGGCCAGCUGCUGGAAACCAAGCAGAUCAGUAAAAUGAUCGCGUCGUUUAUCGGUGAAAACAAAGUCUUCGAAAAAAUGUAUCUGACUGGUGAUUUGGCUCUCGAAUUGACCCCCCAGGGCAGCAUUGCUGAGAAAUGCGCUGCCGGUGCGGCGGGUGUCCCUGCUUUCUAUACUCCCGCGGCUUAUGGAACUAUCGUGCAAACUGGUGAACUCCCCGUUCGGUACAACAAGGAUGGCUCGGUGGCCGAAACCUCCAAGCCUAAGGAAACGCGCAAAUUCAACGGCAAGAACUACAUCCUGGAAGAAUCGAUUUUCGGCGACUACGCCCUGGUCAAGGUCCACAAGGCCGACAAGCUGGGUAACUGUCAGUUCCGCAAGGCUAUGAACAACUUCAACGAGGCCAUGGGCAAGAACGCCAAGUACACCAUCGUCGAGGCCGAUCACAUCGUGGAGGUUGGCGAGAUCGCCCCCGAGGAUAUCCACCUGCAGAGCAUCUACGUCAACAAGGUCAUCCAGAGCCGUGGCGAGAAGCAGAUCGAGAAGCUCACCUUUGCCAAGGACCCCAGUGAGAUGCUUCAGGCUGGAUCCGGAGAGGCUACCGCCCGUCGCGAGCGUAUCGUCAAGCGUGCCGCCAAGGAAUUCAAGGAUGGAAUGUAUGUCAACCUCGGAAUCGGAAUGCCCCUGAUUGCUCCCUCGUACCUGCCCGAGGGCGUGGAGGUCGUCCUCCAGGCCGAGAACGGUAUCCUGGGUCUGGGUGGUUACCCCAAGCCCGGCGAGGAGGACCCCGACCUGAUCAACCCCGGUAAGGAGACCGUGACCCUGGGUCGUGGUGCUUCUCUGUUCGGUUCCCAUGAGAGCUUCGGUAUGAUUCGCGCGGGACGCAUUGAUCUGACGAUGCUCGGCGCUCUGCAAGUGAGCCAGUACGGCGAUCUUGCCAACUUUAUGCUUCCCGGUAAGGUCAAGGGUGUUGGCGGUGCCAUGGACUUGGUCGCCAACCCCGAGAAGACCAAGGUUGUGGUUACUAUGGAACACGUCGACAAGAAGGGCAACUCCAAGAUCCUUCCCGAGUGCAGCUUCCCCUUGACCGGUCCCCGCUGCGUGUGGAAGAUCAUCACUGACCUGGCCGUGUUCAACGUCUCUCCUACCGAGGGUCUGACUCUGGCUGAGCACGCCGAGGGUGUCUCCGUGGAGGAGAUCCGCAGCAAGACCGCCGCUCCCUUCAAGGUGGCGGAUGACCUGAAGCCCAUGCUGUAA